CCGCCCCGCUCCCCCCCAAACACACUCGCACACGGGCUCUCAAGGUGUUCUCCGCACAGCGGAAGAUGGCGACAGACUGAGGGGGCAUGGCCAGCGGGAGCCACGGGGCCAUGCCUUUGGGCGGCCGCCACAGCGGUGCGAAGCAGAGGCGGAAGCGAGAGGCGCACUAAGUAAAGCCGGGGCGUCCGCGUCCGGGCGUCUGGGGCGCUGCGGGGAGCCAGGUGGCCCGCCCGAGCCGGAACUCCGGGAGCCGCGGGUGCCGAGGCAGGAGCAGAGGCGACCCGGGACCGGCCCCGGCGGACGGCCAGAGCUCGAGCAAAGCCCGAAGGGCCGGCCUAGGAGAAGUGCGAGCGAGCGAGCGAGGCAGGGAGCUGCACGGAGCGGGCAGCGGGCAGACGGGCGGGAGAGGAGCGGCGCGGGCGACAGGAGCGGAGUGGAGCGGAGCGGAGCGCGGCGGGGCCCGCACGGCGGCGCUCAGGGGCGCAGAGCCGCGCUGCUGAGCCGAGACGGCCGGGACGGAGUGCGAGCCGGGGAGGGCACCGGUGGCACGGAGUGAAGUGGCGCGGAGCCCGGGGCAGCCGAGGGACCCGACAUUAUGAGUGCGGCGCCGCCGCCACUGCCGCCACCGCCCCAGUGCCCCGCACCGCCCCCCGCCGGGACGGCGGGCUGCGCCUAGCGGGUCGGGAGGCGGCGCCCCGGCUGCCAGCGAGGGAGCGAGGGAGCGCGGGAGGGGCGCGGAGACGACCCGAGAGCGCCCCGCGACUCCGAUCUGAGCGGGGUCCCCCGGGCCGGCUGGCCUGCCUCGCCAUGCAGCCCCCGAGGUAGAGCCUGGACGGCGCUGAGGAGCGCGGAGCGGUGCGCAACCCGCCCUUCUGAGACGGCCGUCCGGCCUCGCGCCUACCUACUCCCUCCAGCCCGAACCCCCCUGAAAUAUGUUCAGGGGCGCUUGGAUGUGGCCCGGGAAAGACGCCGCCGCGCUGAGUAUCUGCUGCUGCUGCUGCUGCUGGGCUCCCAGGUCGAGCGACAAACCUUGCGCCGAUUCUGAGCGGGCGCAGCGAUGGCGACUGUCCCUGGCGUCCCUGCUCUUCUUCACCGUGCUGCUCGCUGACCAUCUGUGGCUGUGCGCGGGGGCCCGGCCCCGGGGCAGGGAGGUAAGCAGCACCUUGCGGCCGCCCUGGGGGGCCGGCCGCGAGCGGCAGCGGGUGCCUCCUCGCGCGGUGUUGCCGCUCUCACCGCCGUCGCAGGGCGAGUCCAGCGCGUCCUCGGACACCUGCAGCCCGCGAUACCGCAACCUGACCAAAGCCGCCCCCGCCGUCGGCCCCGGGCCGGUCUGCGGUGGUGUCCCAGAGCCCACGGGGCUGGACGCAGCUUGCACCAAAUUGGAAUAUUUGCAGAGACUUUUUGAACCGACCACCCCGGCUCCCCCUCUGCGGCCCCCUGACGCGCCUUCUCAUACCCCGGCUGAGUUCCCCCCCGCCAAAAAGAACUUGCUCAAAGGCCACUUUCGGAACUUUACUCUCUCUUUUUGCGACACCUACACAGUCUGGGACUUGCUGCUUGGCAUGGACCGCCCAGAAAGACUGGACUGCACUCUGGACACCCUGCUGGGGGACCUGCUGGCCGUAAUGGCCAGCCCGGGCUCCGGGACCUGGGAGGUAUGUAACAACUGCAUCGAGGCGUACCAGCGACUGGACCGACAUGCUCAGGAAAAAUAUGAUGAGUUCGACCUCGUGAUGCAUAAAUACUUGCAGGCAAAAGAGUACUCUAUCCGGUCCUGCACGAAAGGCUGCAAGGCUGUCUACAAGGCCUGGCUGUGCUCAGAAUACUUCAGUGUGACCCAACAGGAAUGCCAGAGCUGGGUGCCUUGCAAGCAAUACUGCUUGGAGGUGCAGACCCGGUGCCCCUUUAUCCUCCCUGACAACGCAGAGAUGGUGUACGGAGGCCUCCCUGGCUUUAUCUGUACAGGUGACGGCAGACAGUGUGGUCGCCCUCCUGCCACUUCAGCGCACCCUGAGUGUGGGGCCGUCACAGUGAGAAGCAUCAGAUGGGGGCCUGAGGCCCACAGGGCCACAGCUAGGAAGAUGCCCCAGUUAAGCUGCCCCCACCAUCCUAGGCAAUGAGGGAUUGGAACCGGAUAUGGAAUGGGUGGUAAAAGAGAAGGAAGAUAGGGAAUGGAAGAAGACAGGGGAGAGAGAGGUGGACAGAGAGCAUGAGGAGAUGGUUGAAUACUGCCACCUGUCUCUGGGAAGGUGGGCAAUUAGCGUUGAGGCUCAAGAAAGGUCUUCUAAAUCAGAAUGAGGUGCACAAGGAGGCCCCUGGGGAAAGAGCCCAGGAGCCAAAACCCAGAAGGCUGAGGGCGCAUGUUGGACUGCCGCUAUCUGGAGGGACAUAUCUCACAGAAGGUGCACACACUCCCUAGGGCUGCCCUUGCCCUGGAAAUCUUGGCCUUGUGGCCACAGACCUUUCAUUUCCAAUCUCCAUAGGGAGGAGGGACUUGAGCCCAAGUGUGUCAGGCCUGGCCUGGGUCCCCACACUCCCCCAUCCUGUCCUAGCCCAGGCCUCCAUGAAGGAGAACCUGGUGGCGUUGCCCCAGAGCUCUCCAGAGAUGAGCCUUCCCUAACCCAACCUGUGUCCAUCCCCAGCCUACCAAAGAGUAUUCAUCCCUUCCCAUCCCUAACCUUGUAGCCUAUUGUCCCACUGAGGGACAGCUAGUCUCCUCCUCACCUUUUAGCGGGUCCCUUUCUCUAGCCACCCUUUGCCCUUGCUGGACAAAGUUCAGAGACUGGCAAGAGGCCUCUGCCUGGAGAUAAUACUUAAUGUGCUGCUGCUGACCCUUGGCUGAGAACCUUCAUUCAGUCUCGAAGGGUGAGUGAGAUGAGGCUCGGAAGCCCUUGGCCUGCACUGAUCUGAGGAAAAGGUAGGCCACAUUGCCUGGGCGCCAAAAAGCCAAUGGAAGCUGACAAGAACAGGAACCGGAUUCUUUAUGGGGCAGGCCAGGGGCUUUCAGAGAUCAAAAUGAUGAGUAAAGGAGGACAGCCGUGGGGCAGCAUUACAGAGAAACAGGCGAGGGCAAGGGAAGGAGGAGCUGCAUCUUGCCAGCUUUAGGAUGGAUGGACGCCUCCCUAGUCAAAAAGGGUUUCUUCAUCCGAGGGCGGUGGUUGGAUCCCAAUUCAGCUUCAUGAGCCUAUGGAGCCCUUCUCUCUGCCGGUUUACUCAUAUCUCACAGCCUGUCCUCUGCCUGGACCCUGUGUCCUCCAUCUUUGGGCCCUCAGCACUUGGGGUCUGGCCACAUGCCCCAUCCCUAGAGUGCUCUUUUCAGCUGGGGAGGGUAAGAGGUGCUGGACCCUUCCCAGAUGUGCUUAUGUAUUAGAGAAAGGUGGAGGCUUUAAGCUCCAGAGAGACCCAGGACUGCCUUCUAACUCCUGCAUCCUCAGGAGGGGAAACAGGACUGGGCAGCAAAGGGGGACAACAUGGUCCCAGGGAAUGGACCCUUGGAGACUCCCAUCCUCUCUUCCCCCUCACCAAGUGCCCUGGAGACCCCUGGCUCAGACCAGCCCAAGGCCUUGCCCAGUGGCAGGGGAAAGGGGCACCACACUCCACCUCAAAGUCAUUUGACUGUCCCCAUCUCCCUCCCCCCCCCCCCCGACCUUCCUCCACCUCCCUGGCUGCCCCUGCCCUCCGUCACAGGAAGCAGAGCUGGGCGGCUUUUCUUAUGCCAUUUUCUACACUGUGCUUCAUUAGUAGGAUCUUCUUGCACUAGUUCCUCUAAGUGAGUCUCCAAGCUGGUUCCCUAGUAGUCUCCCAGCCCUUCCUCCUUCCCCUGGCUAUGGUUCAGUUGUCUCUGCCCUCUUCCCUGCCUCUGUGUUUCAGUGAGAGUGUCUGUGUAUGUACUGCUUUCUGUUUUGUUGCGCUGUGGGGCAGUGAGCUCUCUGCUCUUGUUUAUCCCCCUUAAAGAAAUAAAU